AUGGAUGAAGAAGAACGCGUUAGGGAAAAAAUAGAUAAAGAAGCCAGUAGAAACCGCGGUAGAUUAACGGUAUGUAGAACGCGGACGGAUACUUUAGCAACACCCAGUAAAAGGUUAAUUCUUGCGUUGUACAAAGACCAUGCCUACCAUUUAUCAAGGGAACGUGUGGAGCUCAUCAAGCAAAAACUACAAGAAAUGUACGCGAUGACUCCAGAAGAAACCGAAAAAUAUUUCGAAGAAAUGAGAGAGAAAACGAAGAAAAUCGAAGCUAGAGAAAAGUUGAGGAAAACUUUGAAAAAACAAUAUCUCAAACAGAAACGUCGAGAAAAAGAAGCGGCUGCGUUUUGUUUUGUUGAACAAUUGUUUAAAAGCGGUAUGAGAUUCGCUUUCAGGAAUCCAGUUCCUCCUCUGGUGUCUAUCAGAUUGAGAAAUUUGUCGGAUAUCAUUUUAGAGCAGUUGUGCGAUUUACGAAAUAUCAGUAAACCCUGUAGAGAUAAUCCGGAUCAAGUAGGAUCCUUUAUGAUUAAUAUAUCGGAUUGGUUCGCAAUUGCGAUUGAACACAUCUAUUAUAUGGUGCAAUUGAAGAAAAAUAAAGAACUAGAGGAGAUUGAGAAGCAGAAAGAACUGGAUAAAACCAAAUCGACGUCGAUUUCAACUAAAACGUCCUCUAAAAUUUUGACAAAUCCGUAUGAGAUGGAAGGCGGUUUUGAAUAA